AAUGUGCAGCCAGCUAUCUUUAGGUAACUUGUUCUUUUUAAAAAAAAAAAAUGUAUAAACGAGCAUUAACUGAAUAAUUGGAGCUGGUUAUUUAAAUCAUUGUCGCGUAUUUAUUAUGAAUACGGUCCGUUUGAAGCUCAGGUCCUUUACACUUCUGUUGAUUCAAGGCAGAGCUCUCUCUGCUGCUCCUCCGGCUGUCACAAGCUGUCAUUCUCCUCUCCGCCGGACUGUUUUCCAGUGUCUCCGAACAAUGGCGACUUUUAACACAAACACCCCGGAGACGAGACAGCCGCUGGGUCCGAAGAAGGCCAAGCAGAAGGAGCCUCUGCGGCGGGUGAAGACCAAAGAGAACCGGGGCAGACGGGGGGAGGUUCACGGACCGUCCACGGUGUACCUGCAGGUGGUCGGUGCUGGGAGCAGAGACAAUUCUGCGUCACUGUACGUCUUCUCCGAGUACAACAGAUAUCUGUUCAACUGUGGUGAAGGAACACAGAGACUCAUGCAGGAGCACAAACUGAAAGCUGCUCGACUGGACAACAUCUUCCUGACCAGACUGAGCUGGGAGAAUGUGGGAGGUUUAUCAGGGAUGAUAUUGACCCUGAAGGACACCGGUGUUCCAGAGUGUGUCCUCUCUGGACCACCACAGCUGGAGAACUAUCUGAACGCCAUCAAGACUUUUUCUGGACCGCUGGAAGACAUCAAGCUGUCGGUUCGACCGUACACUGAAGAGUCGUACACCGACGAGACGAUGACCGUUGAUCAAGUGCCAAUAUUUGCUGAUCUGAGGGGUGACGGCAGAAAACUCUCCCCCAAGUCGGGAGGAAGCAGCCCCUCUCGUAGUCCUCCCUCCCCCCGGAGAGACGGCGUCCACACAGACAGAGACGAUCAAACUGACAGACGGAGAGCAACUAGAGAUAAUUCUCUGGCGGUUUCCUUCAUAUGCAAGCUUCACCCAAAGAAAGGAAACUUCUUAGUGGCUCAAGCCAAAGUGCUCGGUUUGCCUGUAGGCACGGCAGCCAUCGGUCCUUUCAUAGCGGCUUUGAAGAGUGGGAAAAGUGUCACGUACGAAGGCAAAGAGAUCCGGCCGGAGCAGGUUUGUACUCCCACUGAUCCAGGACCAGUGUUUAUCAUCGUCGAGUGUCCGUCUGAGGAGUUUGUGGAAGCGCUUUGCACCAAUCAGCAGCUGAGAAGAUACCAAACGGGAGAGGAGGAGGACUCUGCUGCGUUGGUGGUCCACAUGACUCCAGAGUCCGUUCUGUCAACAGAUCAAUACAAACAGUGGAUGGAGAGGUUCCCGUCCACAACAGAACACCUGAUCCUGAACGAACAGGUCUCUACGUUCCACAACGUCAGGAGUCACAAGAUUCAGGCCCAGCUGAACGUGAUCCACCCGGACAUCUUUCCUGAACUCAAGUCCUACAAAUCAAAGGAGUCUCCGGCUGCACUAGAUGUCCCAAACGUCAGAGCCGAGUGUCUUCUCAAGUUCCAGCUCCGACCCGUAAUGGAGUGGCAAAGAGAUGCCAUCCCUUCCUGCAACACCGAGGAGUUUGUGAAAGAGGCUUCUGAGGUCCCAAACUUUCUGGAAGAAGUGGACAAGUGCAGGAAGAUCUGCUCCACUGACGCCGCCGAACUUUCUGGGAAAGGUGAGAAAUACCCGGAGGUGGUUUUCUUGGGAACAGGAUCAGCUCUACCGAUGAAGAUCAGAAACGUCAGUGGCACUUUAGUUAACAUCAGCCCGAGUCAGUCUCUGCUGCUGGACUGUGGAGAGGGAACCUUCGGUCAGCUCUGCAGACACUACGGAGACGCCGUGGACGACGCUCUGUCCAAGAUCUCCACCGUCUUCAUCUCACACAUGCACGCCGACCACCACACGGGGCUACUAAUGUUGCUGUAUCAGAGGAAACGAGCACUGGCAACUUUAGGAAAGGCGUUCAGCCCGGUCUACCUGGUGGCUCCGUUCCAGAUUAUGAUCUGGCUCAACCAGUAUCACGAUCACUGCGAGGAGAUCCUCAACCACAUCAACUUCAUCUCUAACAAAGUUCUGUGCGACGGCGCCGAAAUGCCCAAGCAGAGAACGAAGUUGUUCAUCCAAGCGAUGCUGACGAAGAACGAUUUGGAGAAGUUCCAGACGUGCAUGGUGCGUCACUGUAAGAACGCCUUCGCCUGCAGCUUCUCUCACCGGUCGGGUUGGAAACUGGCGUUCUCCGGCGACACCAUGCCCUGCGACGACUUCGUACACACCGGAAAGAAUGCAACUCUGCUGAUCCACGAGGCGACACUGGAGGACGGGCUGGAGGAGGAAGCUGUGGAGAAAAGACACAGCACGACCUCGCAGGCCAUCGGUAUCGGCAUGAGGAUGAACGCAGACUUCAUCAUGCUGAACCACUUCAGCCAGCGCUACGCCAAGAUCCCUCUGUUCAGUGAGGACUUCAACGACAGAGUGGGGAUCUCGUUCGACCACAUGAGGAUUGGGUUUGGGGACUUUAAAAUCCUCCCCAGGCUCAUCCCGGCUCUUAAAACCCUUUUCGCCGAGGAGAUCGGAGAGAUGGAGGAGAGACGUGAGAGGAGGGAGCUGAGGAACCCGAGAGGAGGCGGCUUUGAGCUGAACAGCGUGGAGGAGACGACCGACGAGAGACGAGGUGCUAAGAGAGACCAGGAGGAGACGAGGACGCACAACGAGGAGACGAAGAGGAUGAAGACGAGCUGAAGACAGAGUGACGAAAACAUUGUUUAAACACAAACAGACUUUUAACUGAGAGAAUCAUGAGUUUUUUUUAUUUAAAUUAGUUUUUUUUUCAUUUGGCUCGUGUGGUUUUCAUUGAAGAAAAUAAAUCCUGUAUAUUUCCUGCGUUGCAGUGUACAAAGCUGAGCUGUAGAUUUAGUUUGUUUUUCAUUAAACAGAAUAAAAAGAUACCACACA